UAGCCCAGAGCAUCUCCAGGCAAGAACAGCGCAGCCCAUCAUGCCCAAACUCUCAGGCAGGAAACUGUACUAUACUAUCAACGCCGUCGCCGGGCUGGCAAUCUUCUUUUUCGGCUAUGACCAAGGCAUGAUGGGAGGUGUCAACACCUCCCCCGACUACGUUCGGGUUAUGAAGCUCGGGUUUUCGACUUAUGAAGGGCCCUCAGAGGGCUUUGUCGCAACUAUCACUGAGCCUACGCGGCAAGGAGGGAUUGUCAGCAUCUACUACUUCGGGACACUCCUCGGAUGCCUUAUGGGCGGUGUUCUCGGAGACCGACUCGGACGUAUCAAGACGAUGAUUAUAGGCAGUAUCUGGGUGUUGGUCGGUGCGGCCCUCCAGUGCUCGGCUCAGAACAUUGCAUGGAUGUGCUGUGCUCGUGUCAUCAACGGCAUCGGAACGGGCUACCUAAACGCUAUUGUGCCCGUAUGGAGCGCCGAAGUCGCUACCCACACUUCUCGUGGGGCGUUCAUCGCGAGCGAAUUCACCCUCAACAUCUUUGGCGUCGUCGUGGCCUAUUGGCUUGAGUUCGCGCUCGGCUUCAUUGGAGACGGCACGUCGCAAGUGCGCUGGAGGUUCCCGAUCGCCUUCCAAAUUGUACCGGUGCUCGCGUUUAUGGCCUGCGUUCCCUUGAUGCCGGAGUCCCCUCGAUGGCUCAUUAAGAUGGGACGUAACGCGGAAGCGCGCGAGAUCCUCGGACGCCUGCGCUCUGACGACGGCAAUAUGGAAGCUCCGCGCGCCGUGCGCGAGUAUGAUGAGAUUGUGGCCACCGUCGCGUUGGAGAAGGAGCACGCCAGCCGCAACUCGUACAUUGGAAUGUUCUUUGGGCGCAACGACGGCGGCCUCCACAUUGCCCGGCGCGUGCAGCUGUCCGUCUGGCUCCAAAUCGUCCAAGAGUGGGUCGGCAUUGCGGCCAUCACGGUCUAUGCCCCCACUAUCUUCGCGGAGGCAGGUUACGCCGCGCGCAAGUCCCAGUGGCUAUCGGGCCUCAACGAUAUUACGUACAUGCUGAGCACUCUGCUCGCCGUCGUCACCAUCGACAGACUGGGUCGUCGCAUCGGCCUCUGGUGGGGCGCCAUCGGUCAGGGCAUUUCGCUCAUCCUCGCUGGGGCGUUCGCUCGGCUGCUCAAGGAUCACCCCGAGAAGGCGUCUGAGUACGGCGGUGCUGCUGCGCUCUUCGUGUUCAUGUACACGGCCAUUUUCGGCGCGACGUGGCUCACCAUCCCCUGGGUCUACCCUACCGAGACGUUCCCGCUCGAGGUGCGCGCCAAGGGCAACGCGUUCGGCGUUGUUGGUUGGUCCAUCGGUAACGGCUGGCUCACGCUCCUGAACCCGGUCAUGUUCAACCGCAUCGGAGAGAACACGUUGCACGUCUUCGGCGCGAUCAACUUCCUCAGUAUCCCGCUCGUGUGGGCCUUCUACCCGGAGACUGCGAACCGCACGCUCGAGGAGAUGGACUACCUGUUCAUGAGCAAGAGCCCCUUCGUGUGGGACGAGGAGGAGAACUUCCGCCGUAUGAAGGAGGAGGCCGAGGCUGCCCGACUCGAGGAGAAGACCGUCCAUCCGCCGGCGCCGACCGAGGUCGUCGACGUCGAGGAGAAGAAGGAUUGAGCGACUCUGCUGCGAUCUCGGAGGACGGCCGAUGCGCCUGGGCCCUGGCAGCGUUGUACACUACUAGAGCUGGCCUCCGUCGCCGUUCGUGUAUCUGUGUUGUACUUAUCACGACUCUCACGUCUUGUAUCACUUUCUUGACCAUGUUUUGACGAAUAGAAUGAACCUCAUUUCUUG